AUGUCCGGAAAUCUUCAGCAUUCUUUGCUUCUCUACACAACCACUCUCACAAUGAACGCUAAGCUGUAAGUGGUGAACCGGUGCUGAAAACUGGAACAAAAUCCAUUUUUUUCAGGCUCAUCCUCGUCUCGCUGCUCGUUAUCUGCGCUUUCGUCGCCGAGACCGAUGCUCAAGUGUACGGAUACGGAUACUAUCCAUCCUACUACGGAAGCUACUACGGUAGCUACGGAUACCCAUACUAUGGAAGCUACUACGGAUAUGGAUACGGAAAGAGGGACGCUGGAUUCGGACCCAGCCAACAGAACAAUCAAUGA